AUGCCCCCUCUUCCUCUUCCUCCUCCUCCUCGGUUGCGCCUGUUCCCCAACCUCAGCCCCUGCCUAGGACGACCACUACACCCACACCCAGGCCCUCGCGCCUCCCUCUCCCCCCGCCUCCGCCGCCCGCCGCCGCCCUGCCCCACCCUCCGCCGCCCGAUUCGCCGCUUCCUCUUCCGCGCCAUGGCCUCCACCGCCGCCGGCGACGACCCCGGGACCAGCGGAGACGCCGCCGUCCGGCCCCGACGCGCGCUCGAGGAGCUCGCCUGGGACGAGACCUUCGUGCGCGAGCUGCCCGCCGACCCGCGCUCCGACAACAUCCCGCGCCAGGUGCUGCACGCGUGCUACUCCAAGGUCUACCCCAACGCGCCCGUCGACGGUCCCAAGCUCGUCGCGUGGUCCCCGGCCGUCGCCGACCUCCUCGAUCUGGAUCACAAGGAGUUCGAGAGACCUGAGUUUCCCGACUUCUUCUCCGGAGCAACUCCGUUGGCCGGAAGCAUGCCCUAUGCCCAGUGCUACGGGGGACACCAGUUCGGUUCAUGGGCUGGCCAGCUGGGAGAUGGGCGGGCGAUAACUCUCGGAGAGGUUCUCAACGCUCGGGGCGAGAGGUGGGAGUUGCAGCUCAAGGGUGCUGGAAAGACCCCUUACAGCAGAUUCGCCGAUGGCCUUGCUGUCCUGCGCAGCAGCAUCCGUGAAUUCUUGUGCAGUGAAGCUAUGCAUGGUCUAGGCAUCCCUACGACUCGUGCUCUCUGUCUAGUCGAGACUGGCAAUUCCGUUGUACGCGACAUGUUCUAUGAUGGGAAUUCAAAAGAGGAGCCAGGCGCCAUUGUUUGCCGUGUAGCACCGUCGUUUUUACGAUUUGGUUCAUUCCAGAUUCAUGCUACAAGGGGCAAAGAGGACCUUAAAAUAGUUCGCCAAUUGGCAGACUACACAAUACGUCAUCACUACCCACAUCUUGAAAACAUUAAAAAGAGUGAAGGUUUAUCUUUUGAGGCAGCUAUGGGAGACUCUCCAGCAAUCGAUCUUACUUCCAACAAAUAUGCAGCCUGGGCAGUUGAGGUUGCAGAGCGUACAGCUUAUUUGAUAGCCAGGUGGCAAGGUGUUGGUUUUACCCACGGUGUACUCAACACUGACAACAUGAGCGUGUUGGGCCUAACUAUUGAUUAUGGACCAUUUGGCUUCUUAGAUGCUUUUGAUCCUGGUUUUACUCCAAAUACGACGGACCUCCCUGGUAAAAGAUACUGUUUUGCAAAUCAACCAGAUGUUGGUUUGUGGAAUAUUGCUCAGUUCACUGGACCAUUAUCAUCUGCUGGGCUUAUCAGCAAAGAUGAGGCAAAUUAUAUAAUGGAGAGGUAUGGGACAAAGUUCAUGGAUGAAUAUCAAACUAUAAUGACAAAGAAGCUUGGUCUACCUAAGUAUAAUAAGCAGCUUAUUGGCAAGCUGCUGAACAACCUGGCCGUUGAUAAAGUUGACUACACAAACUUUUUCCGUCUUCUUUCGAAUGUGAAAGCAGAUCCUGGCAUUCCUGAAAGUGAGCUGCUUGUACCAAUAAAAGCUGCACUACUGGAUAUUGGGCAAGAAAGAAAGGAAGCAUGGAUUAGUUGGGUACAAACAUAUAUUGAGGAGCUGGUGGCCAGUGGCAUCUCCGACGAUGAGAGGAAAGCCACGAUGAAUAGCGUCAACCCAAAGUACAUCCUCCGGAACUACCUCUGCCAGACUGCGAUUGACGCUGCCGAUCUAGGUGACUAUGAGGAGGUCCGCCGUCUGCUGAAGGUCAUGGAGCGUCCAUACGACGAGCAGCCAGGGAUGGAGAAAUACGCCCGGCUGCCUCCAGCCUGGGCUUACCGGCCGGGAGUGUGCAUGCUCUCCUGCUCAUCCUGAACUCAGCAUGCAGACACGACCGAUACAAUCAGUGUUGUAUAACGUUUUUUUUGGGAAUGUAUAGGAGGUUUUGAUUGUAAGAUGGAUUUAGUUUUUUGAAGCACCACGUGUUGUUUUUACUGGCGUGGUGUGAUAUAUGGCAUUGGGAACUUUUAGUUG